AUGAAGCUCGUUAGGUUCUUGAUGAAGUGCGUCAACGAGACGGUGACGAUCGAGCUGAAAAAUGGAACAAUCGUGCACGGCACAAUCACGUCGGUCUCGCCGUUGAUGAACACCGCCUUACGAACAGUCAAGAUGACCGCCCGCGGCCAAGACCCCAUCUCCUUGGACACCAUGAACAUCCGCGGUUCUACGAUCCGCUACAUCAUCCUGCCCGACUCGCUGCCCUUAGAUACGCUCCUGAUCGAUGACUCGGUGAAACCCAAGAACAAGGCGCGCAAGGAGGCUGCGGAUAGAGGUAUCCGGGCAGGCGGGCGUGUUAGAGGACGAGGACGAGGCCGCGGCCGUGGACGGGGUAGACCGUGA